AUGCGUGCAGUCGUCGCAUUGGCUGUGGUGGCUGCUGCCGCCAUAGCCUUCCGUCUUUUGCCAGAGAGCGGUGGCCGCUUGGGCGUCACCAUGCGGGAGCCAAGCAAGGUUCAGCCGACGCGGCAGUUUGAGCCGGCUGUACAUGAGAAGCCGCCAGCGAGCCAGCCGCUGCCGCUGUUGGAGCCUUCCAAGGCACUGCAGCAGCGUGCCGUUCCCGAGGGUGGCGAGUGGCGGGUUGUCUCGCAGUUUCCACGGAUCUACGUACAAGAUGGUUUCCUCAGCGAGCCAGAAUGCGAGAUCUUGAAGCAGCAGGUCGCCGGCCGCCUGGAGCCUGCCAAGGUGGUUGAAAAGGCAGACAACAAGUUCGAUGAGCAGGUCAGCGUGAGGAAUAACCGGCAGAUUUGGUUGAACUACACCCAGGAAAGGGACGACCCGGACGUCUUCCAUCUGCUCAAGCGAAUGCAUCGUGCCUCUCGCAUUCCCGACGAUGAUGCUGAAGCUCUUCAAAUAGGUCACUACGGUGUCGGCGAGAAGUACGAAACACAUCAGGAUUCUGAUCCUCGGAACGACGUGGCACGCCCGGCGACACUGAUAGUGUAUCUCAACGAUGUUGAGGAGGGGGGCGAGACCCUGUUUCCUCUUGGAAAUCGAAACGACUGCACCAUGCAGUGGAGAGCAGCAGCCGAUGGUAGUUCGGUGCUUCCCGGCAGACUAGCCUUGGAAGAUACCGCGCCUUCCCCUAAACCCUAA